AUGGUUCACGUAUACAACUGCCACCCUUUCGCGUCCCAGCAAAUCGUGCCAACCGAGCAGGAACCGGGGUUGGUGUGCUGUGGCGGAGGUGCCCUAUUCGUGGUGUCCGCUGGAGGAUGCAAGAUCGAGUGUUUUCAACUGGGAGAGGAGGGGUGUCCUCUCAUCUGCCGCUUCGCCACCAUGGGGACUGUGCAGAGCAUCCUACACAGCGAGAUAGGUGUGCCACUUUCUCUCACUUAUUCUUUCCCUCUUUGCACUGUUGUUUACUGCUGAGUGAUUGAGGUGCAUCAAAUUACUAGAGGGGUUUUGUCAUGAACCCUCAAAAGUUCGAGAAUGGUGUGAAAAUGGCAGCCAUAUUGGUCAGGGAGAAAUCCAAACCAGUCUAAUUUAAAUGAAUGCCAGUAGAGGUAUUAUCCUAACCUUUCUCAGAGUUGCAUUAUGUUCCAGAGCACACACAUAGAGCCCUGAGUUGAUUAUACCAUGGCUAGAAAUGUUUUCAACGUCCACUGAAGUACACUACAUGGCCAAAAGUAGGUGGACACCACUUCAAAUUAGUAGAUUCGGCUAUUUCAGCCACACCUGUUGCUGACAGGUGUAUAAAAUCGAGCACACAGCCAUGCAAUCUCCAUAGACAAACAUUGGCAGUAGAAUGGCCUAACUGAUGAGCUCAGUGACUUUCAACGUGGCACCGUCAUAGGAUGCCACCUUUCCAACAAGUCAGUUUGUCAAACUUCUGCCCUGCUAGAGCUUCCCCGGUCAACUGUAAGUGCUGUUAUUGUGAAGUUGAAACAUCUAGGAGCAGCAAUGGCUCAGGCGCAAAGUGGUAGGCCAUACAAGCUCACAGAACAGAACCGCUGAAGCACGUAAAAGUUGUCUGUCCUCGGUUGCGACACUCACUACAGAGUUCCAAUCCCUCUGGAAGCAACGUACGCACAAUAACUGUUUGUCGGGAGCUUCAUGAAAUUACUUUCCAUUGCCGAGCAGCUGCACACAAGCCUAAGAUCACCAUGCGCAAUGCCAAGAGUUAGCUGGAGUGGUGUAGAUUUAGCCGCCAUUGGACUCUGGAGCAGUGGAAACGCAUUCGCCGGAGUGAUGAGUCACGCUUCACCAUCUGGCAGUCCAACGGACAAAUCUGGGUUUGGAGGAUGCCAGGAGAACGCUACCUGCCCCAAUGCAUACUGCCAACUGUAAAGUUUGGUGGAGGAGGAAUAAUGGUCUGAGGCUGUCUUUCAUGGUUCGGGCUAGGCCCCUUAGUUCCAGUGAAGGGAAAUCUUAACGCUACAGCAUGGAAUUACAUUCUAGACGAUUCUGUGUUUACAACUUUUGUGGCAACAGUUCGGGGAAGGUCCUUUCCUGUUUCAGCAUGACAAUGCCCUCGUGCACAAAGCGAGGUCCAUACAGAAAUGGUUUGUCGAGAUCGGUGUGGAAGAACUUGACUGGCCUGCACAGAGCCCUGACCUCAACCCCAUCGAACACCUUUGGGAUGAAUUGGAACGCCUACUGCGAGCCAGGCCUAAUCGCCCAACAUCAGUGCCGACCUCAGUAAUGCUCUUGUGGCUGAAUGGAAGCAACUCCCUGCAGCAAUGUUCCAACAUCUAGUGGAAAGCCUUCCCAGAAGAGUGGAGGCUGUUAUAGCAGCAUAGGGGGGACCAACUCCAUAUUAAUGCCCAUGCUUUUGGAAUGAGAUGUUGGACGAGCAGGUCUCCAAAUACUUCUGGUCAUGUAGUGUAGCUAGCAAGUUUAUUAGAUAGCUACAAUAGUUGCCUUGGUAGCCAAACAAACAGACUUGCUAGUUUAGCUAACCAAACCAAGGUGUCCGCAUGCUUCCCAGCCGAAACAGUUCAGAAGAGUUUGUGCAUAUAUUAUGACGACAUUUAGUGACGUUUUUGUUAGUUUUUUGGAUUUAGGUGAAGAGUUGUUUUUUUUCGGCUGUUCGGGCACACACAUUUUUUUUCUAGAGGCAAGCUGAAGUUCGGCUCCGAGGUCUAUGCCUCUUUGUCGGUUAUUGGUCAACAGUAAGGAUUCUUUAAUACAUUUUAGAUUAAUUCUGACCUUUGAGUGGCUACGGCAUCUCAAAAUGGGCCACUUUUUUUCUGGUUUUUCAAGCGAAGGUCUUUUUAAGGGAGAGUGCGAACUCGUUCGGUUCCUAGCCGACUUCGGCUUGCUGUCAGCCAAACUGAAGCAUGCUGAUGCCUUUAGUCCUAGCUUGCUAUUAUGAAAAUCAAAUUGAACAAUCAUUUUUUUCAACUCGACUUUUGCAUUCAGAAGCAGCUCGAACAUGUAAGAAUGAACCAUAGCCAUUGAAUUCUACCGGGCAAAUAUACUGUGCGUUAUAGGGAAAUAAUGCUCUCGCUAGAAUGCCCUUCAAGCCAAUUAGAAACAAGUAUUCAACAAUGCCACGGUAUAAUUAAAGGCUCUGCAUGGUCAAUCCGACAUCUGAAGUGGCCGUACAGUAUUUACUGCGACGCAGCCUCCACAGACAUCAGGGCUUUCAUACUUCUUGCUCUUAGCUUAGCAGAGCAGAGGUAUUGUGAAGGAAGUUGUCAAGGAAGUGAGUUUGUGUUUAUACAGGACGUACCGCCCCAACCUACCGUAGAGCUAUACAGAGCCCUCCGCAUUAUUAAAACAUUUGAGAGGCGCACAGCGAUGUGGGACGGAGCUUGAUUUGGCCUCUGUAUGCCUUAAGGUCCUGGAGUGGCCUAGCCAGUCUCCAGACCUUCAUCCCAUAGAACAUCUGUGGGAAUUUAAGGUUCGAGUUGCCAAACGUCAGCCUCGAAACCUUAAUGACUUGGAGAAGAUCUGCAAAGAGGAGUGGGACGAAAUCCCUCCUGAGAUGUGUGCAAACCUGGUGGCCAACUACAAGAAACGUCUGACCUCUGUGAUUGCCAACAAGGGUUUUGCCACCAAGUACUAAGUCAUGUUUUGCAGAGGGGUCAAAUACUUAUUUCCCUCAUUAAAAUGCAAAUCAAUUUAUAAAAUUUUUGACAUGCGUUUUUCUGGAUUUUGUUGUUAUUCUGUAUCUCACUGUUCAAAUAAACCUACCAUUAAAAUUAUAGACUGAUCAGGUCUUUGUCAGUGGGCAAACAUACAAAAUCAGCAGGGGAUCAAAUACUUUUUUUUCCCUCACUGUAAAUAGACAGGUGUGUGCCUUUUCAAAUCAUGUCCAAUCAAUUGAAUUUACCACAGGUGGACUCCAUUCAAGUUGUAGAAACAUCUCAAGGAUGAUCAAUGGAAACAGGAUGCACCUGAGCUCAAUUUCGACUCUCGUAGCAAAGGGUCUGAAUACUUAUGUAAAUAAGUAGAGGCGGGUUUAAGUAACCACAUUGUGGGCCUGUUACAAUGUGUCAAUCAUGACACGAUCUAUGUGUAUACGAGAGAUCACCAUGAUGUCAGAAUAGAAAGAAAAUGUUGUUCCGGGUGGAGAAAGUUGUGUUUUGUGCAUGGUUCUCUGCAAGGUUGUGCUAUGUAUUUACAAAUCAGUAAUCUCAUAGGAUGUCUUCCCUGUAACGCACAGCAUUGAGAUUGCCUGCAAUGACAACAAGCUCAGUCCGAUGAUGCUGUGACACACCGCCCCAGACCAUGAUGGACCCUCCACCUCCAAAUCGAUUCCCGCUCCAGAGUACAGGUCUCGGUGUAACGCUCAUUCCUUCGACGAUAAACGCGAAUCCGACCAUCACCCCUGGUGAGACAAAACCGCGACUCGUCAGUGAAGAGCACUUUUUGCCAGUCCUACAAUAGAUGUCUGGUGAGGACCUGCCUUACAACAGGCCUACAAGCCCUCAGUCCAGCCUCUCUCAGCCUAUUGCGGACAGUCUGAGCACUGAUGGAGGGAUUGUGCGUUCCUGGUGUAACUCGGGUAGUUGUUGUUGCCAUCCUGUACCUGUCCUGCAGGUGUGAUGUUCGGAUGUACCGAUCCUGUGCAGGUGUUGUUACACGUGGUCUGCCACUGCGAGGGCGAUCAGCUGUCCGUCCUGUCUCCCUGUAGCGCUGUUGUAGGCGUCUCACAGUACGGACAUUGCAAUUUAUUGCCCUGGCCACAUCUGCAGUCCUCAUGCUUCCUUGCAGCAUGCCUAAGGCAUGUUCACGCAGAUGAGCAGGGACCCUGGGCAUCUUUCUUUUGGUGUUUUUCAGAGUCAGUAGAAAGGCCUCUUUAGUGUCCUAAAUUUUCAUAACAGUGACCUUAAUUGCCUACCGUCUGUAAGCUGUUAGUGUCUUAACGACCGUUCGAGUGCAUGUUCAUUCAUUGUUUAUGGUUCAUUGAACAAGCAUGGAAAAAGUGUUUAAACCCUUUACAAUGAAGAUCUGUGAAGUUAUUUUGAUUUUUAUGAAUUAUCUUUGAAAGACAGGGUCCUGGAAAAGGGACGUUUCUUUUUUUACUGAGUUUAGUUAACAGUACCGUAAGGAGCCGGCAAAAUUGACUUUCCAAUGACAUGAACCAUUGUCAAUGUCGCAUUUCUAUUUCGUGACGUAAUCGCGAAAGAAUCCAGCAGAGGGCGUUAGUGAGCCAUUACCUCCAUUACCUGGCUAUGUGAGGUUAGUGUGCCACAUCCAAAACUGUUUGUUCACAAUAAACAACGAGCAAUAAUAUGAUAGCCCCCGCCUGUUCACUUAUUCAUAGAUAAUGAAUCUCAGUCAAGCAAUAAUAUUAGGUCCAUACGAACAUAACUAACCAUUUUACAUUUAAACAGGUUCUCAGGUACAAAAUGCGUAUCAGCCAAUAAAAAUUGUCAAUUUACUUACACGUGACAGAACACUAAAUUGUAACUGGUCCCAUUAGAUUACAUGGCACACGUUAGCCCUAUGCUAGCCUCAACAUGUGGCACUGAUUUAUAUCCUAUCUUGACUUUAUAUCCACCAACCAAUGGCAUUUCUUAAAAUAGGUCAACCCUGGCCACUAGAGGGAUAUUAGUCCAAAGUGGAUUACCAAGAGAGUUUUCAUCUAUAUUUUUCAUAGCUGUCUAUUUACCACCACAAACCAAUGCUGGCAUUAAGAUUGCACUGAAUGAGUUGUACAAGGCCAUUAAUCAACAGGAAAACGCUCAUCCAGAUGCAGCGCUCCUAGUGGCCGGGGACUUUAAUGCAGGGAAACUUAAAUCCGUUCUACCUAAUUUCUACCAGCAUGUUAAAUGUGCAACCAGAGGGAAAAAAACUCUAGACCACCUUUACUCCACACACAGAGACGCAUACAAAGCUCUCCCUCGCCCUCCAUUUGGCAAAUCUGACCAUAACUCUAUCCUCCUGAUUCCUGCUUAUAAGCGAAAACUAAAGCAGGAAGCACCAGUGACUCGGUUAAUAAAAAAGUGGUCAGAUGACGCAGAUGCUAAGCUACAGGACUGUUUUGCUAGCACAGACUGGAACAUGUUCCGGGAUUCUUCAGACAGCAUUGAGGAGUACACCACAUCAGUCACUGGCUUCAUCAAUAAGUGCAUCGAUGAUGUCGUCCCCACAGUGACCGUACGUACAUACCCCAACCAGAAGCCAUGGAUUACAGGAAACAUCCGCACUGAGCUAAAGGGUAGAGCUGCCGCUUUCAAGGAACGGGACUCUAACCCGGACGCUUAUAAGAAAUCCCGCUAUGACCUCCGACGAACCAUCAAACAGGCAAAGAGUCAAUACAGGUCUAAGAUUGAAUCAUACUACACUGGCUCUGACGCUCGUCGGAUGUGGCAGGGCUUGAAAACUAUUACAGACUACAAAGGGAAGCACAGCCGCGAGCUGCCCAGUGACACAAGCCUACCAGACGAGCUAAACCACUUCUAUGCUCGCUUCGAGGCAAGCAACACUGAAGCAUGCAUGAGAGCACCAGCUGUUCCGGAUGACUAUGUGAUCACGCUCUCCGUAGCCGAUGUGAGUAAGACUUUUAAGCAGGUCAACAUUCACAAGGCCGCAGGGCCAGACGGAUUACCAGGACGUGUACUCCGAGCAUGUGCUGACCAACUGGCAAGUGUCUUCACUGACAUUUUCAACAUGUCCCUGACUGAGUCUGUAAUACCAACAUGUUUCAAGCAGACCACCAUAGUCCCCGUGCCCAAGGACUCUAAGAUAACCUGCCUAAAUGACUACCGACCCGUAGCACUGACGUCUGUAGCCAUGAAGUGCUUUGAAAGGCUGGUCAUGGCUCACAUCAACAGCAUUAUCCCAGAAACCCUAGACCCACUCCAAUUUGCAUACCACCCCAACAGAUCCACAGAUGAUGCAAUCUCUAUCGCACUCCACACUGCCCUUUCCCACCUGGACAAGAGGAACACCUACGUGAGAAUGCUAUUCAUUGACUACAGCUCAGCAUUCAACACCAUAGUGCCCUCUAAGCUCAUCACUAAGCUAAGGAUCCUGGGACUAAACACCUCCCUCUGCAACUGGAUCCUGGACUUCCUGACGGGCCGCUCCCAGGUGGUAAGGGUAGGUAACAACACAUCUGCCACACUGAUCCUCAACACGGGGGCCCCUCAGGGGUGCGUGCUCAGUCCCCUCCUGUACUCUCUGUUCACCCAUGACUGCAUGGCCAGGCACGACUCCAACACCAUCAUUAAGUUUGCCGACGACACAACAGUGGUAGGCCUGAUCACCGACAACGAUGAGACAGCCUAUAGGGAGGAGGUCAGAGAUCUGUCCGUGUGGUGCCAGGACAACAACCUCUCCCUCAACGUCUGCAAGACAAAGGAGAUGAUUGUGGACUACAGGAAAAAAAAGAGGACUGAGCACGCCCCCAUUCUCAUCGACGGGGCUGUAGUGGAACAGGUUGAGAGCUUCAAGUUCCUUGGUGUCCACAUCACCAACGAACUAUCAUGGUCCAAACACACCAAGACAGUCGUGAAGAGGGCACGACAAAGCCUAUUCCCCCUCAGGAGACUAAAAAGAUUUGGCAUGGGUCCUCAGAUCCUCAAAAAAUUCUACAGCUGCACCAUCGAGAGCAUCCUGACUGGUUGCAUCACCGCCUGGUAUGGCAACUGCUUGGCCUCCGACCGCAAGGCACUACAGAGGGUAGUGCGUACGGCCCAGUACAUCACUGGGGCAAAGCUUCCUGCCAUCCAGGACCUCUAUACCAGGCGGUGUCAAUGGAAGGCCCUCAAAAUUGUCAAAGACUCCAGCCACCCUAGUCAUAGACUGUUCUCUCUGCUACCGCACGGCAAGCGGUACCGGAGUGCCAAGUCUAGGUCCAAAAGACUUCUCAACAGCUUCUACCCCCAAGCCAUAAGACUCCUGAACAGCUAAUCAUGGCUACCCGGACUAUUUGCACUGCCCCCCCACCCCAUCCUUUUUACGCUGCUGCUACUCUGUUAAGUAUUUAUGCAUAGUCACUUUAACUCUACCCACAUGUACAUAUUACCUCAACUACCUCAACUAGCCGGUGUCCCCGCACAUUGACUCUGCAACGGUACCCCCCUGUAUAUAUAGCCUCCCUACUGUCACUUUAUUUUACUUCUGCUCUUUUUUUUCUCAACACUUUUUUUGUUGUUGUUUUAUUCUUACUUUUUUUGUUUAAAAUAAAUGCACUGUUGGUUAAGGGCUGUAAGUAAGCAUUUCACUGUAAUGUCUGCACCUGUUGUAUUCGGCGCAUGUGACCAAUAAAAUUUGAUUUGAUAUUUUAAACCUACAAAUUCAAAGUUUAUUUUUGUUCCGUUGGUCUGUAACAAAAUGUUGUGUGCCAAUAUUGCAUUGACGCAUCCUUAUUUAUUUUUUUAUUUUAAUUUUUUUGUCAUUUAGCAGACGCUCUUAUCCAGAGCGACUUACAGGAGCAAUUAGGGUUAAGUGCCUUGCUCAAGGGCACAUCGACAGAUUUUUCACCUAGUCGGCUCGGGGAUUAGAACCAGCGAACUUUCGGUUACUGGCACAAGGCUCUUAACCACUAAGCUACUACUAACAUUAGACAACAUUUUCACGUUUUUGCAUAUAUGAUAAAAUCCCAUGUUUCUGUUUGACACGCAUCCAUGUGCUUUUAUGGAAAAAUAUAAAUCUGGUCCUUACAACAUGUACGUUUAUCGAAGAGCCUUUAAAGACGUGUCUUGUAGGCUGUUAUUAUCGCUUUUAGGUGGCACACGCUGCUAAAGCGGUUGAUUCGUAAUCGAUAGUGCACUUUAACCGUGGGUUCGAGCCCCCCUUGCAUAACAAGCUUUUUUUGGAGGGAAAAAUACAUGUUAAAUGACGGUCCUUGUUGCUGUGACAAAGUGGAUGAUUAUAAUAAUGCAUAGCCUAUAAAACAUUGUAGGCCUCCAUGUAAGUGUAGCCUACAUAAGAAUAUACUAAUGACAGCCAAGUGUCUUCCUUCCUACUGUCGAUUCGAGUCCUCUGGACUCGCGAUAAACUUUUUUUAAAGAACUGCAAUACUGCCUUCUGUAGGAUGAUAACGAGAGUGCAAACUACAAUCCUACUGUACACUUUGUAAUUCUCAUCCUCCUCGAGUCAAAUAACAUACAGGAUAUAAUCAGUGCCACCUGGUGAGGUUAGCAUAGGGCUAACGUGUGCCAUGUUAUCUGAUGGGACCAGCUACAAUUUAGCGUUCUGUCACAUGCAAGUAAAUUAACGAUUUUAAUUGGCUGAUACUCAUUUUGUGCCGGAGAACCUGUUUUAAAUGUAAAUAGUUGCUUAUGUUCUAAAUUAUGGACCCAUUGUCUUUUAAACAUAGGUUGUUAUUUUCUGUGUAUAACAUUAGCUUCUAGCAACUAGUCUAAACCUGGCUAGCAGAGGAAAACAACUCUCAAAUUGCAAUGAUUACAUUUCGACAUGUAGGCUAUGGCUUAUGCCAGACAAGUAGGCUAGCUAGGACACUUUCUGAUAACCUCGUAGCCCCAGCUCAGCAACUCACGUAUGGCAGGCAAUGGAACCAUCAUCGGCAUCGGGAAAGGAAAUAUGUGUGCUGAUGUAGCUACCAAGCCAGCUUAUUCAUUGAAAACGAGGGUUGUGUCUCCUUGCUAACAAUACAUGACUGACUCAUCUGCAUUCUUUCAUGCGUGCUGGCAAGAUAUGCAAUGGCUGAGGCAGGGAUGUCUAACUAGCUAGCUAGCUACCGCACUCAGCAGGCAGCAUGUGGUCAUUCGGUGUUCAAACAAGAUGGCAAAAAAAAUGAGGAGACAAUGGCUGGAACUCAGCUAACUAGCUAGGUAGUUGGGGGCUACAGAUGAGCUAACGUUAGCUAACUAGCUAGGUAGUUGGGGGCUACAGAUUAGCUAACGUUAGCUAGGUAGUUGGGAGCUACAGAUGAGCUAACGUAGCUAGCUACUGUGUUUACAUGCUGCACAGUGCCGUUGGGUGAAGAUUGGAUAAAUUAAAAUACUGAAUACUUUUCAUAAAUGGAACAGAUUAGCUAUCUAUCCAACAUUGCAAUUAGAGUUAGCUGGCUAGCAUACAGGUCUGUUUCAGCCAAGGCAAUGUAUCUUUGUAGCUAGCUAGCAUUUCCUCCAUGAACGAAGCAAACUAGCUACUUGGCUUGGGCGAUAUACCGUAUACCUGGGUAUUUUGAAAUACCGACGGUCUGAUUUUCAAUACCGUGAAGAAAAAAAAUGUAAUUGGGGGCACCUACAAACAUUCUGAUUUGGUCUAUAUAGCAAGCUAAUAGUUAGUUGAAAUGCAGUGUAAAAAAUAAUAAUUUAAAAAAGCCUAAUUUGGAUCUCUAGUAUUAAAGGGAUACUUCAUGAUUUUGGCAACGAGGCACUUUAUCUACUUCCCCCAGAGUCAGAUGAACUAGUGGAUACAAUUUGUAUGUCUUUGUGUCCAGUAUGAAGGAAGUUAGAGGUAGUUUUGCAAGCCAAUGCUAACUGGCGUUAGCGCAAUAACUGGAAGUAUGGUUAUCUGCUAGCAUGUUAGUUCAUCAGACUCUGGGGAAGUAGAUAAAGGGCCUCAUUGCCAAAAUCCCGAAGUAUCCCUUCAAUGAAAAAGUGUCUUGCACUGAAAUGAAUUAAUCCUAACGCCACUUUCCUAUUGAAUAUGGAACAUAAGAAUUACAAUAUCCACAUAAUUAAGCAUUUCACUGUUAGUCUACACCUGUUGUUUACGAAGCAUGUGACAAAUAAAACUGUAUUUGAUCCCUGUCCUCCCCUCCCUCCCACCCACCCCUAAUCCUGCCUCUCUCCCUUCGUCCCCUUUCCACCCACUCCUAAUCCUCUCGUCGUCCUCCCUCCCUCCCACCCACCCCUCGUCCAUUUUCUACCCACUCCUAAUCCUCCCACCCCUCGUCCCCUUUCCACCCACUCCUAAUCCUCCCACUCCUCGUCCCCUUUCCACCCACUCCUAAUCAUCCCACCCUCCCCUCCUCCCCAGGGGACUACCUGGUGACCAUCGAGGAGAAGAACAACGCCACCUACCUCCGCGCCUACACCAACUGGCGCUACCAGGCGGCUGAGAAGACCCGCGUUAGUGUGCGUCUGCUGGGCCAUUUCCUGCGCGGCUCAUCCCUGCGCGGGGCUCCCAAGGAGCAGAUGGAGAUCAUUGAGAUUCCAUUGUUUGAGCGUCCGCUGUGUGUGGCGUGCUGUGGGGUGACCGGAGACCUCCUGGUGGGGUGUCCUAAGAGCCUGGUGCUGUUCAGUCUAAAGAGACAGGCCCUCAACGACAAGCUCUCCAUCCUGGACUUUGAGCGCUGUCUGAUCCUCCAUCUCCCGGGACUGUUACCCCAACAGGUAGGGAUGGGAUGGAUGGAAGUUAGGGUAGGGAUUUGCGUAGUCUCUUUUACCACCUAGUUCUUUGAAGUUCAAAUAGUUUUUUUUAUACCCACGUGGCAGUCAUGGACACUGAAAUACAUACAGUACCAGUCAAAGGUUUGGACACACCUACUCAUUCAAGGGUUUUUCUUUAUUUUUACUAUUUUUUACAUUGUAGAAUAAUAAUGAAGACAUCAAAACUAUGAAAUAACACAUAUGGAAUCAUGUAGUAACCAAAAAAGUGUUAAACAAAUCAAAAUAUAUUUGAGAUUCUUCAAAGUAGCCACCCUUUGCCUUGAUGACAGCUUUGCACACUCUUGGCAUUCUCUCAACCAUCUUCAUCUGGAAUGCUUUUCCAACAGUCUUGAAGGAGUUCCCACAUAUGCUGAGCACUUGUUGGCUGCUUUUCCUUCACUCUGCCGUCCGAUUCAUCCCAAACCAUCUCCAUUGGGUUGAGGUCGGGGGAUUGUGGAGGCCAGGUCAUCUAAUGCAGCACUCAUCACUCUCCUUCUUGGUAAAAUAGCCCUUACACAGCCUGGAGGUGUGUUGGGUCAUUGUCCUGUUGAAAAACAAAACAUAGUCCCACUAAGCCCAAACCAGAUGGGAUGGCGUAUCGCUGCAGAGUGCUGUGGUAGCCAUGCUGGUUAAGUGUGCCUUGAAUUCUAAAUCAAUCACAGACAGUGUCACCAGCAAAGCACCCCCACAACAUAACACCACCUCCUCCAUGAUUUACGGUGGGAAAUACACAUGCGGAGAUCAUCCGUUCACCCACACCGCGUCUCACAAAGACACGGCGGUUAGAACCAAAAAUCUCCAAUUUUGUCUCCAGACCAAAGGACAAAUUUCCUCCAGUCUAAUGUCCAUUGCUCGUGUUUCUUGGCCCAAGCAGGUCUCUUCUUAUUAUUGGUGUCCUUUAGUAGUGGUUUCUUCGCAGCAAUUCGACCAUGAAGGCCUGAUUCACACAGUCCUCUCUGAACAGUUGAUGUUGAGAUGUGUCUGUGACUUGAACUCUGUGAAGCAUUUAUUUGGGCUGCAAUUUCUAAGGCUGGUAACUCUAAUUAACUUAUCCUCUGCAGCAGAUAACUCUGGGUCUUCCAUUCCUGUGGCGGUCCUCAUGAGAGCCAGUUUCAUCAUAGCACUUGAUGGUUUUUGCGACUGCACUUGAAGAAACUUUCGAAGUUCUUGAAAUGUUCUGUAUUGACUGACCUUCAUGUCUUAAACUAAUGAUGGACUGUCAUUUCUCUUUGCUUAUUUGAGCUGUUCUUGCCAUAAUAUGGACUUGGUCUUUUACCAAAUAGGGCUAUCUUCUGUAUACCCCCACUAUCUUGUCACAACACAACUGAUUGGCUCAAACACAUUGAGAAUGAAAGAAAUUCCACAAAUUAACUUUUAAGAAGGCACACCUGUUAAUUGAAAAUGCAUUCCCAGGUGACUAGCUCAUGAAGCUGGUUGAGAGAAUGCCAAGAGUGCGCAAAGCUGUCAUCAAGGCAAAGGGUGGCUAUUUGAAGGUUACUACAUGACACUUCUUUGGUUACUACAUGAUUCCAUAUGUGUUAUUUUAUAGUUUUGAUGUCUUCACUAUUAUUCUACAAUGUAAAAAUAAAGAAAAACCCUUGAAUGAGUAGGUGUGUCCAAACUUUUGACUGGUAGUGUAGGUAUGGAUGGCUAACAUUAAAAAUUAUACAAUUUCACACAAUUUAGAUGAGAAGACUCAAAGAUUCUUAUUAAUAAGUUGGCAGAAGUAGGGUAUGGGAGAUCUCUUAUCUCUCAGCACUGGCGUGUGGGACAGAGAGGAGGUGGGUUUCUGUGAAACGUUAUAUUUGGUAGCAGUUAAAGAUCAAGAUCACGUUAUUAGUAAAUUGCACACAAGGUCCAACAACAUUUUUACUUCCGCUUUUAACCCAACCCCGCCGAAAGACACGUACAUACAGUUGAAGUCGGAAGUUUACAUACACCUUAGCCAAAUACAUUUAAACUCAGUUUUUCACAAUUCCUGACAUUUAAUCCUAGUAAAAAUUCCCUGUCUUAGGUCAGUUAGGAUCACCACAUUAUUUUAAGAAUGUGAAAUGUCAGAAUAAUAGUAGAGAUAAUGAUUUAUUUCAGCUGUUAUUUAUUUCAUCACAUUCCCAGUGGGUCAGAAGUUUACAUACACUCAAUUAGUUUAAAUUAUUAAUUCAAUUCAAUUAAAUUAUGAAUUAGUAUUUGGUAGCAUUGCCUUUUAAAUUGUUUAACUUGGGUCAAAUGUUUCGGGUAGCCUUCAAUAAGUUGGGUGAAUUUUGUCCCAUUCCUCCUGACAGAGCUGGUGUAACUGAGUCAGGUUUGUAGGCCUCCUUGCUCGCACACACUUUUUCAGUUCUGCCCAAACAUUUUCUAUAGGAUUGAAGUUAGGGCUUUGUGAUGGCCACUCCAAUAUCUUGACUUUGUUGUCCUUAAGCCAUUUUGCCACAACUUUGGAAGUAUGCAUUGUCCAUUUGGAAGACCCAUUUGCGACCAAGCUUUAACUUCCUGACUGAUGUCAGUCCCUCCUGCAGCAAAGCACCCCCACAGCAUGAUGCUGCCACCCCCGUGCUUCACGGUUGGGAUGGUGUUCUUCGGCUUGCAAGCCCCCCCUUUUUCCUCCAAACAUAACGAUGGUCAUUAUGGCCAAACAGUUCUAUUUUUGUUUCAUCAGACCAGAGACAUUUCUCCAAAAAGUACGAUCUUUGUCCCCAUGUGCAGUUGCAAACCGUAGUCUGCCUUUUUUAUGGCGGUUUUGGAGCAGUGGCUUCUUCCUUGCUGAGCGUCCUUUCAGGUUAUGUUGAUAUAGGACUCGUUUUACUGUGGAUAUACAGUGUGGGAAAAAAGUAUUUGAUCCCCUGCAGAUUUUGUACGUUUGCCCACUGACAAAGAAAUUAUCAGUCUAAUUUUAAUGGUAGGUUUAUUUGAACAGUGAGAGACAGAAUAACAACAAAAAAAUCCAGAAAAACGCAUGUCAAAAAUGUUAUAAAUUGAUUUGCAUUUUAAAGAGGGAAAUAAGUAUUUGACCUCUCUACAAAACAUGACUUAGUACUUGGUGGCAAAACCCUUGUUGGCAAUCAGAGGGCAGACGUUUCUUGUAGUUGGCCACCAGGUUUGCACACAUCUCAGGAGGGAUUUGGUCCCACUCCUCUUUGCAGAUCUUCUCCAAGUCAUUAAGGUUUCGAGGCUGACGUUUGGCAACUCGAACCUUCAGCUCCCUCCACAGAUUUUAUAUGGGAUUAAGGUCUGGAGAUUGGCUAGGCCACUCCAGGACCUUAAUGUGCUUCUUCUUGAGCCACUCCUUUGUUGCCUUGGCCGUGUGUUUUGGGUCAUUGUCAUGCUGGAAUACCCAUCCACGACCCAUUUUCAAUGCCCUGGCUGAGGGAAGGAGGUUCUCACCCAAGAUUUGACGGUACUUGGCCCCAUCCAUCGUCCCUUUGAUGUGGUGAAGUUGUCCUGUCCCCUUAGCAGAAAAACACCCCCAAAGCAUAAUGUUUCUCCAUGUUUGACGGUGGGGAUGGUGUUCUUGGGGUCAUAGGCAGCAUUCCUCCUCCUCCAAACAUGGUGAGUUGAGUUGAUGCCAAAGAGCUCCAUUUUGGUCUCAUCUGACCACAACACUUUCACCCAGUUCUCCUCUGAAUCAUUCAGAUGUUCAUUGGCAAACUUCAGACGGGCAUGUAUAUGUGCUUUCUUGAGCAGUGGGGACCUUACGGGCGCUGCAGGAUUUUAGUCCUUCACGGCGUAGUGUGUUACCAAUUGUUUUCUUGGUUACUAUGGUCCCAGCUGCCUUGAGAUCAUUGACAAGAUCCUCCCGUGUAGUUCUGGGCUGAUUCCUCACCGUUCUCAUGAUCAUUGCAACUCCACGAGGUGAGAUCUUGCAUGGAGCCCCAGGCCGAGGGAGAUUGACAGUUCUUUUGUGUUUCUUCCAUUUGUGAAAUAAUCGCACCAACUGUUGUCACCUUCUCACCAAGCUGCUUGGCGAUGAUCUUGUAGCUCAUUCCAGCCUUGUGUAGGUCUACAAUCUUGUCCCUAACAUCCUUGGAGAGCUCUUUGGUCUUGGCCAUGGUGGAGAGUUUGGAAUCUGAUUGAUUGCUUCUGUGGACAGGUGUCUUUUAUACAGGUAACAAGCUGAGAUUAGGAGCACUCCCUUUAAGAGUGUGCUCCUAAUCUCAGCUCAUUACCUGUAUAAAAGACACCUGGGUGCCAGAAAUCUUUCUGAUUGAGAGGGGGUCAAAUACUUAUUUUCCUCAUUAAAAUGCAAAUCAGUUUAUACCAUUUUUGACAUGCAUUUUUCUGGAUUUUUUUGUUGUUAUUCUGUCUCUCACUGUUCAAAUAAACCUACCAUUAACAUUAUAGACUGAUAAUUUAUUUGUCAGUGGGCAAACGUACAAUAUCUGCAGGGGAUCAAAUACUUUUUUCCCUCACUGUAGAUACCUUUUACCUGUUUGUUCAUGGGAUUGUUUUGCACCAAAUUACGUUCAUCUCUAGGAGACAGCACGGGUCUCCGUUCCUCCAGCUCUACACGUCCUUGCGUUUGUCUGGAUUGAUGCACAAAGACGUCAUCUCUAGGAGCCGAACGGUCUCCUCCUGGCGUAUACGCUGUCGUGGUCCCAUGGUGUUUAUACUUGCGUACUAUUGUUUAUACAGAUGAACGUGGUACCUUCAGGCAUUUGGAAAUUGCUCCCAAGGAUGAACCAGACUUGUGGAGGUCUACAAUUUUUUUUCUGAGGUCUUGGCUGAUUUAUUAGAUUUUGCCCAUGAUGUCAAGCAAAGAGGCACUGAGUUUGAAGGUUGGCCUUGAAAUACAUCCACAGGUACACCUCCAAUUGACUCAAAUGAUGUCAAUUAGCCUUUCAGAAGCUUCUAAAGCCAUGACAUCAUUUUCUGGAAUUUUCCAAGCUGUUUAAAGGCACAGUCAACUUCGUGUACGUAAACUUCUGACCCACUGGAAUUGUGAUACAGUGAAAUUCAAGUGAAAAUAAUCGGUCUUGUAAACAAAUUGUUGGAAAAAUGACUUGUGUCAUGCACAAAGUAGAUCUCCUAUCCGACUUGCCAAAACUAUAGUUUGUUAACAAGAACUUUGUGGAGUGGUUGAAAAACGAGUUUUAAUGACUCCAACCUAAGUGUAUGUAAACUUCUGACUUCAACUGUACAUAUACAUAAAGUAUGUACCUUAAUAGUGGCUAUAUCUAGGAGAACCAAGGUUCCAACAGCUGGCCCGAAAAUAGUGUAUAAGAGAUGUGGAUGAUGUGAAAAAUAUUUGUUGGUCUGAUGUGAUUAAUAAGGAGCGUCCAGACGCUGCACUUGAUGAAUUUAUGAAAUUGCUUCUUCAAGUUAUUUAUAUACAAGCACCAGAAUCUGACUGUUAGAACUGUUAACUCCAUGGAUAGAGGAAUUGGAAAAACCGGAAUGGUUUUAAGAGAUGGGGCAAAAGGAGUGGCUAAGAAGUCUGGCUGCACAUCUGACUUACUGCAAAUUGAGACAUUGUGACUAAACGUAAUAAUUACUUCAUUGGCAAAGUGGACAAACUUAAGCAGGAAAUGCCAACAACGAACAGUGAGCCAUCGUAUUCAUGCAUUAAAAAAAAAAAUAAUAAUGAAAGAAAAGCAUUGUUUGAAUUUUGUAAAGUUAGGUGGAUUUUUUGUUGUUAUCGAUCAAUAAUGACAAACCUCCUGGCAUUGACAACUUAGAUGGUAGCUGACUCUAUAGCCACUCCUAUCUGGAAGCCAAAGUCAUUCCGCUACCCAAGAGUGGUAAAGCGGCCUUUACUGGUUCUAACAGCAGACCUAUAAGCUUGCUGCCAGCUCUUUGCAAACUGUUGGGAAACAAUGUGUUUGACCAAAUACAAUGCUAUUUCUCUGUAAACAUAUUUUAACAGACUUUCAGCAUGCUUAUAGAGAAGGGCACUCAACAUGUACUGCACUGACACAAAUUACUGAUGAUUGGUUGAAAGAAAUUGAUAAUAAGAUGAUUGUGGGAGCUGUACUGUUAGAUUUCAGUGCAACCUUUGAUAUUAUUGACUGUAAACUGUUGUUAUGGCUUUUCAUCCUCUGCCAUAUUGUGGAUUCAGAGCUAUGUAUCUAAUAUAACUCAAAGGGUUUUCUUUAAUGGAAGCUUCUUUAAUGUCAAACAUGUAGGGUGUGGUGUACCGCAGGGCAGUUCUCUAGGCCCUCUACUUUUUUCUACUUUUACCAAUGACAUGCCACUGGCAUUAAACAAAGCCUAUUUGUCCAUGUAUGGUGAAGAUUCAACCAUAUACAGUGCUUUCGUAAAGUAUUCAGACCCCUUGACUUUUUCCACAUUUUAUUACGUUACAGCCUUAUUCUAAAAUGGAUUUAAAAUAUUUUCUCAUCAAUCUAGACACAAUACCUCCAUAAUGACAAAAGGAAAACAGGUUUUUACACAUUUUUGCAAAUGUAUUAAAAAUAAAACAGAUACCUUAUUUACAUAAGUAUUCAGACCAUUUGCUAUGAUACUCGAAAUUGAGCUCAGGUGCAUCCUGUUUCCAUUGAUCAUCCUUGAGAUAUUUCUACAACUUAAUUGGAGUCCACCUGUGGUAAAUUCAAUUGAUUGGACGUGAUUUGGAAAGGCACACACUAUAUAAGGUCCCACAGUUGACAGUGCAUGUCCGAGCAAAAACCAAGCCAUGAGGUUGAAGGAAUUGUCCGUAGAGCUCCGAGACAGGAUUGUGUCGAGGUACAGACCUUGGGAAGGGUACCAAAAAAUGUCUGCAGCGUUGAAGGUCCCCAAGAACACAGUGGCCAUCAUUCUUAAAUGGAAGAAAUGUGGAACUACCAAGACUCUUCCUAGAGCUGGCCGCCCAGCCAAACUGAGCAAUCGGGGGAGAAGGGCCUUGGUCAGGGAGGUGACCAAGAACCUUAUGGUCACUCUGACAGAGCUACAGAGUUCCUCUUUGGAGAUGGGAGAAUCUUACAGAAGGACAACCAUCUCUGCAGCCCUCCACAAAUCAGGCCUUUAUGGUAAAGUGGCCAGACGGAAGCCACUCCUCAGUAAAAGGCACAUGACAGCCCGCUUCGAGCUUGCCAAAAGGCACCUAAAGACUCUCAGACCAUGAGAAUAAAUAUUCUCUGGUCAGAUGAAACCAAGAUUGAACUCUUUGGCCUGAAUGCCAAGCAUCACAUCUGGAGGAAACCUGGCACCAUCCCUACAGUGAAGCAUGGUGGUGGCAGCAUCAUGCUGUGGGGAUGAUUUUCAGCGGCAGGGACUGGGAGACUAGUCAGGAUCGAGGUAAAGAUGAACGGAGCAAAGUACAGAGAGGUCCUUGAUGAAAACCUGCUCCAUAGCGCUCAGGACCUCAGACUGGGGUGAAGGUUCACCUUCCAACAGGACAAAGACCCUAAGCACACAGCCAAGACAACGCAGGAGUGGCUUCGGGACAGGUCUCUGAAUGUCCUUGAGUGGCCCAGCCAGAGCCCGGACUUGAACCCGAUCUAACAUAUCUGGAGAGACCUGAAAAUAGCUGUGUAGCGACGCUCCCCAUCCAAUCUGACAGAGCUUGAGAGGAUCUGCAGAGAAGAAUGGGAGAAACUCCCCAAAUACAGGUGUGCCAAGCUUGUAGCAUUAUACCCAAGAAGACUUGAGGCUGUAAUCGCUGCCAAAUGUGCUUCAACAAAGUACUGAGUAAAAUAAAAGGUCUGAAUACUUACGUGAGAUUUCAGUGUUUCAUUUUUAGUACAUUUGCAAACAUUUCUAAAUACUGGUUUUUUUCUUUGUCAUUAUGGGGUAUUGUGUGUAGAUUGACGAGGGGGGGGGGGAAAACGAUUUAAUCAAUUUUAGAAUAAGGCUGUAACGUAACAAUGUGGAAGAAGUCAAGGGGUUUGAAUCCGAAUGCACUGUACGUGUCAGCAACCACAGCUAAUGAAGUCACUGAAACCCUUAACAAGGAGUUGCAGUCAGUUUUGGAAUGGGUGGCCAUUAAUAAACUGGUCCUCAACAUCUCUAAAAGUAAGAGCAUUGUAUUUGGUGCAAAUCAUUCCUUAAGCUCGAGACCUCAGCUGAAUCUGGUAAUGAAUGGUGUGGCUGUUGAACAAGUUGAGGAGACUAAAUGAGUUGCUGUCAAAACAUAUAGAUUCAAUGGUUGUAAAGAUGGGUAGAGGUCUGUCUGUCUGUAAUAAGAGAUGUUCUGCUUUUUUGACACCCACUCCACAAAGGAAGUCCUGCAGGCUCUAGUUUGAUCUUAUCUUGAUUAGUGUCCCACCAUGUGGUCAAGUGCUGCUAAGAAAUACCUAGUUAAGCUGCAGCUGGCCCAGAACAGAGUGGCACGUCUUGCUCUUCAUUGUAACCAGAGGGCUGGUAUAAAUACUAUGCAUGCCAGUCUCUCUUGGCUAAGAGUUGAGGAGAGACUGACUGCAUCACUUCUUCUUGUUUUUAUUAGAAACAUUAAUAUGUUGAAAAUUCCAAAUUGUUUGCACAGUCAACUUACGCACAGCUCUGACACGCACACUUACCCCACCAGACAUGCCACCAGGUGUCUUUUCACAGUCCCAAAAUCCAGAACAAAUUCAAGAAAGCGUACAGUAUUAUAUAGAGCCAAUAUUGCUCAAAUGAACAGCAAACCUGGUUAAAAAAAAAAACGAUAAAGCAACACCUCACAGCACAACGCCUCUCCCCUACUUGACCUAGAUAGUUUGUAUGUAUUGACAUGCAAAUGUUUGUAGUUCUGUCCUUGAGCUGUUCUUGUCCAUUCAUGUUCUGUGUGGACCCCAGGAAGAGUAGCUGCUGCUUUCACAACAGCUAAUGGGGAUCCUAAUAAAAUACCAUGUACCAAAUACAUAUACAGGUUUUAGAGAGGUGCAGGGGAUUUAGUGCCUUGCUCCAGGGCACAAAAGCAGGCAAUGGCAUCUAGGAUUUGAUACCCUCCGUUUGCCAGCUCACUUCCCGCCAAUUAUUUUCCCGUCUGACCUGGGAUUCGAACUGGCAACCCUCCGGUUGCUGGCUCACCUUACUAACCGCUAGGCUACCUGCCGCUCCUAAGUUAGGGAAGGUUAUUCUGUCAUGCAAACUUUGCAUAGAAAAUAUUCUGUAAUAGUAUUUAUGAACGUUGCCCUCCCUGCCUGCAGGUGGCGAUCUGUGCAGGGUACAUUGCCCUGCAGGUAGAGCUGGAGGUGCUGGUGGUCAAGCUGGAGAGACUUCCUGGUGCCGCCCCUACCCAGAAGUCAACUGACAAGAAGCCCCAGGACCACAGUCUGGUCCCCAAAGAUAUGAUCACUGGAGCAGAACAGGACAACGAGACGGGUAACACGUGAAAACAGAUGCUACAGAUACUACAUACAGUACUUCACCAAACAUGGUGUGGUUGUAUAUUCUGUCUGACUGUGUUGUUUUCCCCAGAGGUGAGGAGAGAGGGUCUGGCUGGUCACCAUGAUCAGGAUGACUUCUUCAUUUUCCCUAAGCACCAAGAGCUGCUGGGGGACAGGGCCAAGGACUGUGGGUUCAAGGUCUCUCUGGAGUGGACCGGCAUGGAGAGUGAGGCCAGGGGCAACCUCGCCAUCACCUAUAUCUUAUACAGGUGUGUGUCUGUGUCUGUGUCGUCUGUGUGUGGUUGUACUAGGUGUUGGUCUCAUCAUAUUGAGUCUCCCCUGUCCAGGCGUUUUGCUCCAGACUUCUUCCAGGGCUGCAGUGUGGAGGAGACCCGCCUGCACUCCCUGCAGUUCCACCCUGUGUUCACCAGUGAGUCAGAACCUCAAUACAAUGUCCCUGCCCAGAGCUAUGUAUGUAUGUAUGUAUGUACAGUGGGGGGAAAAAGUAUUUAGUCAGCCACCAAUUGUGCAAGUUCUCCCACUUAAAAAGAUGAGAGAGGCCUGUCAUUUUCAUCAUAGGUACACGUCAACUAUGACAGACAAAUCCAGAAAAUCACAUUGUAGGAUUUUUAAUGAAUUUAUUUGCAAAUUAUGGUGGAAAAUAAGUAUUUGGUCAAUAACAAAAGUUUCUCAAUACUUUGUUAUAUACCCUUUGUUGGCAAUGACACAGGUCAAACGUUUUCUGUAAGUCUUCACAAGGUUUUCACACACUGUUGCUGGUAUUUUGGCCCAUUCCUCCAUGCAGAUCUCCUCUAGAGCAGUGAUGUUUUGGGGCUGUCGCUGGGCAACACAGACUUUCAACUCCCUCCGAAGAUUUUCUAUGGGGUUGAGAUCUGGAGACUGGCUAGGCCACUCCAGGACCUUGAAAUGCUUCUUACGAAGCCACUCCUUCGUUGCCCUGGCGGUGUGUUUGGGAUCAUUGUCAUGCUGAAAGACCCAGCCACGUUUCAUCUUCAAUGCCCUUGCUGAUGGAAGGAGGUUUUCACUCAAAAUCUCACGAUACAUGGCCCCAUUCAUUCUUUCCUUUACACGGAUCAGUCGUCCUAGUCCCUUUGCAGAAAAACAGCCCCAAAGCAUGAUGUUUCCACCCCCAUGCUUCACAGUAGGUAUGGUGUUCUUUGGAUGCAACUCAGCAUUCUUUGUCCUCCAAACACGACGAGUUGAGUUUUUACCAAAAAGUCCUAUUUUGGUUUCAUCUGACCAUAUGACAUUCUCCCAAUCCUCUUCUGGAUCAUCCAAAUGCACUCUAGCAAACUUCAGACGGGCCUGGACAUGUACUGGCUUAAGCAGGGGGACACGUCUGGCACUGCAGGAUUUGAGUCCCUGGCGGCGUAGUGUGUUACUGAUGGUAGGCUUUGUUACUUUGGUCCCAGCUCUCUGCAGGUCAUUCACUAGGUCCCCCCGUGUGGUUCUGGGAUUUUUGCUCACCGUUCUUGUGAUCAUUUUGACCCCACGGGGUGAGAUCUUGCGUGGAGCCCCAGAUCGAGGGAGAUUAUCAGUGGUCUUGUAUGUCUUCCAUUUCCUAAUAAUUGCUCCCACAGUUGAUUUCUUCAAACCAAGCUGCUUACCUAUUGCAGAUUCAGUCUUCCCAGCCUGGUGCAGGUCUACAAUUUUGUUUCUGGUGUCCUUUGACAGCUCUUUGGUCUUGGCCAUAGUGGAGUUUGGAGUGUGACUGUUUGAGGUUGUGGACAGGUGUAUUUUAUACUGAUAACAAGUUCAAACAGGUGCCAUUAAUACAGGUAAUGAGUGGAGGACAGAGGAGCCUCUUAAAGAAGAAGUUACAGGUCUGUGAGAACCAGAAAUCUUGCUUGUUUGUAGGUGACCAAAUAUUUAUUUUCCACCAUAAUUUGCAAAUAAAUUCAUUAAAAAUCCUACAAUGUGAUUUUCUGGAUUUUUUUUCCCUCAAUUUGCUUGCACAAUUGGUGGCUGACUAAAUACUUUUUUACCCCACUGUAUGUAUGUGUGUGUGUGUGUAUGUGUGUGUGUGUGUGUGUAUGUAUGUGUGUGUAUAGAGAGAGAGUUAGGCCAACUUUUAGAAUUUAAGUGUUCUAAUUCUAGACAUACAGUUACAUAGCGUUGUUUAAAUAUUCCCCAUGUAAUGUUAAUGUUGAGCUAACACAUUGUCUUACGUCAGAUAGCACGCCGAUUCCACCUGCACUGAUCUGUCUCAUAUCUCGCAAAGGGUAAUGGAUAGCUCGAAAGUAGUUUGCACUGUCUAACAUUUCAAAAGUCUUACCUAGUUGACAUUGCCGAACUCCAUUUCUGCCUCAACUUUUUAAUUAAUCCAACCUAAAACAAUAAAUAUGUCAAUUUAACUAAGGAUUAUUGUGCUUCAAUGAGCAGUAUUUCUAAUGUUUGACAAUGGGCACGAAUGCUAGCAUAAAUUUGUCCAACAUUAACAUUAGCUUGCUAACGUUAGCUGAAACGAUGCUGCUAACCAACCAACCAGCUACCUACUUAGUGCUGCACACACAAUGUUGAAUCUUCCAACAAAAGCUAGCUAGCAAGCUACUGUAGUUAGCUAGUAGUGCUAAUUAUGCUCACAUUAUUAUGAGUUUUCAUGAAGCAGCUGUUCAUGAGUUAGCUGCUAUGUUCAGCUGACCCAACGAUAGGAUUGCGGAGAAACAUGCUGAUCUACGGACCGAUUUCUGUUAAGUCAGUUCUUCUUAGUUGUGGGGCUGCAUGUCUACAACUUCAGGGUAAUUUAAACAGGCUAAGCAAGCUUUUUAUGUCAGUGAAGGAAGAGCUAGCUGACUAGCUAGCUAACUGUGUCAGUAAGCUAACUAGCUACAACAGUUAGCUACACAGCUAAUCAAGACACUGCACUGGCGACUAACGUCCUGGCACAGAAUUUGUACCGGAGAUAACCACCGGUUAGUUUUUAAUUUUCUCACAAUUGCAAAUUAUUAAAUCACUGUCACAACGUUUUGUAGUAAUUUAGAUAGCUAGUUAUUCUGCCUAUUUCAUGGAGAGUCAUAUGAGAGCGCAGUGAUAUCAGAAAUUAGGGACUAUGUUUUCAUUUUCUGAAUGGCGGAUGGUCAAUAUUCAAAUUUGAUUAUCAGUUUCACGCCCUACAAGACAGAUCGGUUGAGGGACGAGCAUCGCGGAGGCGCGACACCAUCUGACGUGAGACAAUGUAGCAAACAUGGCGGCCAUAGAAUGUUGCAGUGUCAUGUAAAUGCAUCAUAAUGCAGAAACCUCAAUGUCCCUACUCUAAAUACAUGUCUCUUUCCCUACCUAUGGAACUAACAUGUAGUGUAAAUACAUAGGUAUGAGGGACACUUAAAGUAAAGUAGGAGUACCUUUCACGUCUCAUCCCUCUCUGUUCCAUUGGUCUCCUCUCCCUGACAACCAGGUAACCAGGAAGUGUGUGUGGAGGGGGGUAGAGGGGUGGAGCCGACGUGUGUGUUCUGUUUCUUCUCGCUGCCCAAGACGGGCUACUUGUACAGCGUGAGGGGCGGGGUUCAGAUGGUCUCAGCCUAUCAGUAUCCAGAGAAGGCCCAGCAGGCCGUCCUCACUGACCUCUUCCUCCACAUCAUCACAAAGUAAGUACAGGACAGGGCGGGGCAUCUAGAGACGGUAAAGGAAGUCCAUGAGGCAGGUAGUCUUAUCUAACUUAGGGCCCUGUGUUUUUAGACUUAGGUGAUACCCCGGUAUAUGGUAUAAACAGUAUAUUUCGAAAUAUCGACUGAGUUGGUAUACCCCAGUAUGGUACAGAAACUGUAUGACAGUAUGAAAAUCUGGAUACCGCCCAACCCUACUGUGUUUGCGCAAUCAUGUGACAUAGCAAGAUUUUAUCUUUAUAUUUCAAGCCUGAUCCAGAAAUGAGAAUUCCACCUAAAAUGAACGCAAUUUUCUGAGGACGGUGCUGGACCAUCUGACAUGAAAAGAAAAGGGGACAGUUUGAUGAAAAAGCUUUAAAUAAAGGUCAGAAUCCAGGCGUGUCACAUGAUCUCACAAAACACAGGGCCCUAAUUUAUACCUGUGUUUGUCAGGAAUGCUCUCCAGUGCUUCUCCGUGAGGUGUACAGCAGUGGCAGCCAGAGCUGAAGACCCUUACAUCGACACCACAAUGAAGGUGAGGAUCACCCCACUGCCCUUAGCUAAUGGAAGACAGAUCGAUCCACGGCCGGACCCCUAGGGAGCGCUUUAAAAAUCUGAAGACCGGAAAAACGUUUAGCUAUCCGUCAGGCUUGGUGGAAUUUUCACCAUAUCUACCCCUAUGCCUUGGACAUCUUCGUUAUUGAUCUUAAGGAUGCUUUGACUGAGGCUUCCCCUCUUGUGUGUGAUUUGGGUUGUGCCUCGAUUGGCCCUGCUACACAAUAAGACAGGAAGUCAUUAGAGUGGAUCCAGAGCUUCUCCAUAAAUACAGAUAGCUGUCUGCUUGGCUCAGAUCGCUGCGUUACAUUCACAAAGAUGUUGGAGGUUGAAAGGGCUUAAAAUGGCAACCACUUGCACAGUUGCAUCUGGUCACAAGAGUCCCGUUGUUUUGCGCAGUGUGUGUCUAUGCAUGCAUGCAUGCGUGUCCAACAGUGACACAGUGGAAUCUGAGCAGCACCUUGUUAGACAGGGCAUCAGUGUCUCUCUGGAAUGGUAAUUGAGGGGCUAAAUGGAAUCUUAGUGUUCUACAGUAAUGUGAUUGGUCUGCACAUGCUGGGAGGCCCAAUUCGAUUUAAUGUGGAAUCUUCAUUGUGCGUGGCUACUUACUGCCCCUCCCGUCAGUUUCCCAGAGUAAGACCUUAAUAUCUGCAAGAAACCGUUCUCAAUGGAUAUCCACUUGACAUGUAACAGCAAUGUGAUUUUAUUUUCAAUCAAUCCCAAAGAUACAAAAGUGUAAUUGUUAGGUAAGAACAAUGUCAUUACAAUUUCACCAACUUAACAACCACCAGGUAAUAAAAGACGCUCAAGUGUAACUGCCGUGUGUGUGUGUGUGUGUGUGUGUGUGUGUGUGUGUGUGUGUGUGUGUGUGUGUGUGUGCAGGCCUGUCCUCCCAUCACCAUGGAGAUGUGUGCUCUGCGAAUGCAGCUGUUCAUUGGUCUGAAAGCUCUGUGUCAUUACCGUCACCACAUCGUUCUGCUGACCGCUGCAGAUGUGGAGACCAGGGAGGACACAGAGAGGACCGCACGCAGGGUCACGUAGGUCUCUCACUCACUCAUACUUAGUCACUGUAGUCAUAGCUGGAGCCACACUUGAUGAGAAAGGAAAUAUACCUUUGCAAUUGACUCCAAUCAAACUAAAUACUGCUUCAAAAUCGGACCAAUUCCAAUUUAGGCAAUGCUAUAGAUUUACAGUGAGGGGGGAAAAAAGUAUUUGAUCCCCUGCUGAUUUUGUACGUUUGCCCACUGACAAAGAAAUGAUCAGUCUAUAAUUUUAAUGGUAGGUUUAUUUGAACAGUGAGAGACAGAAUAACAACAACAAAAUCCAGAAAAAUGCAUGUCAAAAAUGGUAUAAAUUGAUUUGCAUUUUAAUGAGGGAAAUAGGUAUUUGACCCCCUCUCAAUCAGAAAGAUUUCUGGCUCCCAGGUGUCUUUUAUACAGGUAACGAGCUGAGAUUAGGAGCACACUCUUAAAGGGAGUGCUCCUAAUCUCAGCUUGUUACCUGUAUAAAAGACACCUGUCCACAGAAGCAAUCAAUCAAUCAGAUUCCAAACUCUCCACCAUGGCCAAGACCAAAGAGCUCUCCAAGGAUGUUAGGGACAAGAUUGUAGACCUACACAAGGCUGGAAUGGGCUACAAGACCAUCGCCAAGCAGCUUGAAGAGAAGGUGACAACAGUUGGUGCGAUUAUUUGCAAAUGGAUGGACACAAAAGAACUGUCAAUCUCCCUCGGCCUGGGGCUCCAUGCAAGAUCUCACCUCGUGGAGUUGCAAUGAUCAUGAGAACGGUGAGGAAUCAGCCCCCAACUACACAGGAGGAGCUUGUCAAUGAUCUCAAGGCAGCUGGGACCAUAGUAACCAAGAAAACAAUUGGUAACACACUACGCCGUGAAGGACUGAAAUCCUGCAGCGCCCGCAAGGUCCCCCUGCUCAAGAAAGCACAUAUACAGGCCCGUCUGAAGUUUGCCAAUGAACAUCUGAAUGAUUCAGAGGAGAACUGGGUGAAAGUGUUGUGGUCAGAUGAGACCAAAAUUGAGCUCUUUGGCAUCAACUCAACUCGCCAUGUUCGGAGGAGGAGGAAUGCUGCCUAUGACCCCAAGAACACCAUGCCCACCGUCAAACAUGGAGGUGGAAACAUUAUGCUUUGGGGGUGUUUUUCUGCUAAGGGAACAGGACAACUUCACUGCAUCAAAGGGACGAUGGACGGGGCCAUGUACCGUCAAAUCUUGGGUAAGAACCUCCUUCCCUCAGCCAGGGCAUUGAAAAUGGGUCGUGGAUGGGUAUUCCAGCAUGACAAUGACCCAAAACACACGGCCAAGGCAACAAAGGAGUGGCUCAAGAAGAAGCACAUUAAGGUCCUGGAGUGGCCUAGCCAGUCUCCAGACCUGAAUCCCAUAGAAAAUCUGUGGAGGGAGCUGAAGGUUCGAGUUGCCAAACGUCAGCCUCGAAACCUUAAUGACUUGGAGAAGAUCUGCAAAGAGGAGUGGGACAAAAUCCCUCCUGAGAUGUGUGCAAACCUGGUGGCCAACUACAAGAAACGUCUGACCUCUGUGAUUGCCAACAAGGGUUUUGCCACCAAGUACUAAGUCAUGUUUUGCAGAGGGGUUCAAAUACUUAUUUCCCUCAUUAAAAUGCAAAUCAAUUUAUAACAUUUUUGACAUGCGUUUUUCUGGAUUUUGUUGUUGUUAUUCUGUCUCUCACUGUUCAAAUAAACCUACCAUUUAAAAUGAUAGACUGAUCAGUUCUUUUUCAGUGGGCAAACGUACAAAAUCAGCAGGGGAUCAAAUACUUUUUUCCCUCACUGUAUGGUUAAGACAUCUGAUCUAGGGUUGGGUGAUGAUAUUGUAUUUUUAAGGUAUACUGGUUAAUGCUGCAAAUUAUUUUUUUAUUUAAUUAUAUUUUGAUACCAUCUACAGUUGAAGUCGGAAGUUUACAUACACUUAGGUUGGAGUCAUUAAAACUCGUUUUUCAACCACUCCACAAAUUUCUCGUUAACAAACUAUAGUUUUGGCAAGUCGGUUAGGACAUCUACUUUGUGCAUGACACAAGUAAUUUUUCCAACAAUUGUUUACAGACAGAUUAUUUCACUUAUAAUUCACUGUAUCACAAUUCCAUUGAAUCAGUGAAUCAGAAGUUUACAUACACGAAGUUGACUGUGCCUUUAAACAGCUUGGAAAAUUCCAGAAAAUGAUGUCAUGGCUUUAGAAGCUUCUGAUAGGCUAAUUGACAUAAUUUGAGUCAAUUGGAGGUGUACCUGUGGAUGUAUUUCAAGGCCUACCUUCAAACUCAGUGCCUCUUUGCUUGACAUCAUGGGAAAAUCAAAAUAAAUCAGCCAAGAACUCAGAAAGAAAAUGGUAGACCUCCACAAGUCUGGUUCAUCCUUGUCCUUGGGAGCAAUUUCCAAAUGCCUGAAGGUACCACGUUCAUCUGUUCAAACAAUAGUAUGCAAGUAUAAACACCAUGGGACCACGCAGCCGUCAUACCGCUCAGGAAGGAGACCCGUUCGGUGUCCUAGAGAUUAACCCCAGAACAACAGCAAAGGACCUUGUGAAGAUGCUGGAGGAAACGGGUACAAAAGUAUCUAUAUCCACAGUAAAACGAGUCCUAUAUCGACAUAACCUGAAAGGCCGCUCAGCAAGGAGGAAGCCACUGCUCCAAAACCGCCAUAAAAAAGCCAGACUACGGUUUGCAACUGCACAUGGGGACAAAGAUCGUACUUUUUGGAGAAAUGUCCUCUGGUCUGAUGAAACAAAAAUAGAACUGUUUGGCCAUAAUGACCAUCGUUAUGUUUGGAGGAAAAAGGGGGCGCUUGCAAGCCGAAUAACACCAUCCCAACCGUGAAGCACGGGGGUGGCAGCAUCAUGCUGUUGGGGGUGCUUUGCUGCAGGAGGGACUGGUGCACUUCACAAAAUAGAUGGCAUCAUGAGGAAGGAAAAUUAUGUGGAUAUAUUGAAGCAACAUCUCAAGACAUCAGUCAGGAAGUUAAAGCUUGGUCGCAAAUGGGUCUUCCAAAUGGACAAUGACCCCAAGCAUACUUCCAAAGUUGUGGCAAAAUGGCUUAAGGACAACAAAGUCAAGGUAUUGGAGUGGCCAUCACAAAGCCCUGACCUCAAUCCUAUAAAAAAUGUGUGGGCAGAACUGAAAAAGCGUGUGCGAUCAAGGAGGCCUACAUACCUGACUCAGUUACACCAGCUCUGUCAGGAGGAAUGGACCAAAAUUCACCCAACUGAUUGUGGGAAGCUUGUGGAAGGCUACCCGAAACGUUUGACCCAAGUUAAACAAUUUAAAGGCAAUGCUACCAAAUACUAAUUGAGUGCAACUUCUGACCCACUGGGAAUGUGAUGAAAGAAAUAAAAGCUGAAAUAAAUCACUCUCUACUAUUAUUCUGACAUUUCACAUUCUUAAAAUAAAGUUGUGAUCCUAACUGACCUAAGACAGGGAAUUUUUACUAGGAUUGAAUGUCAGGAAUUGUGAAAAACUGAGUUUAAAUGUAUUUGGCUGAGGUGUAUGUAAACUUCCGACUUCAACUGUAUAUUCUAUAAUUAUAUUUUAAUACAGUGAUAAAUAAUUGAAAAGUUUUACAAAUUGGACUACUUCACUGUCAGUUUUGGUUUAGUAUAAAACAAUUAGAAUGGGGAAAGACCAUUAAAACCACAUAUAAUGUUUAGGGUCGUGCACUACACAUAAAACAUAUUAAGAACUUCUUAUAUUAUUCCGAAACACAAAAUACCGGUAAACCGUCAAAAAUGUGAAAAGAAUAUUGUAUCUUACUGUGUAGCACAAGUAAAGCAGUGUUCAGUCAAUACACACACCCAUCAUUUAUUAAGCACUGAAACUACACUUUAUUUCUUCACAUUUGUGUUCAAAAGAUUGCAUUGUUAAUUUAUAGGAUUUUAAUAUAUAUAUCUGAAUCUCCCCUCUUGUGCUUCAAUUGUGCCUGUAACUCUUAUUGUAGAGAUUACAAAGAUCACAAAAUCCUUAGGGGGAUUUUCCUAGCAGUAGGUAUAAAGCCUUCCACCACGCCGGCUCUGGAGAGCUUUCUGGCUCACUCCUUCCUGUAAGUCUCCUGGCCACUUGAUGGUGUCCACCCGGAAUAUCCCCCAAACCCCAACCCCACUAAAACAAUAUCACCCUGUGUGUCUAGUCACUAACUGAUGGACUAAACAGUACAUCAUAUCAGUGUGAUGAUAUCACCUACUGUACAUAAUAUCAUGUCAUUCAUGUAGUGGUCCUAUGUAGCUCAGUUGUUAGAGCAUGGCGGUUCGAUUCCCGGGACCACCGGUAUGUAAACUGUAUGCAAGGAUGACUCUAAGUCGCAUUUGGAUAAAAGCGUCUGCUAAGUGGCAUAUAUUAUGUACAGUGAGCAUUAAUGUUUGAAAACCCAGUACGCCUGAUUAGACUAGAGCAUGAUGGCUCCAGAUAGAAACCCAGUACGCCUGAUUAGACUAGAGCAUGAUGGCUCCAGAGGUUGGAAGACCCCAUGACCAGUAGAAACACCACAUGACCAGUAGAAACACCACGUGACCAGUAGAAACACCACGUGACCAGUAGAAACACCACGUGACCAGUAGAAACACCCCAUGACCAGUAGAAACACCCCAUGACCAGUAGAAAACACCCCAUGACCAGUAGAAACACCCCGUGACCAGUAGAAACACCCCAUGACCGGUAGAAACACCCCGUGACCAGUAGAAACACCCAUGACCAGUAGAAACACCCCAGUGACCAGUAGAAACACCCCGUGACCAGUAGAAACACCCCAUGACCAGUAGAAACACCACGUGACCAGUAGAAACACCCCGUGACCAGUAGAAACACCCCGUGACCAGUAGAAACACCCCAUGACCAGUAGAAACACCACGUGACCAGUAGAAACACCCCGUGACCAGUAGAAACACCCCAUGACCAGUAGAAAACCAACCGUAGAAACCCCAUGACCAGUAGAAACACCCCAUGACCAGUAGAAACACCCCGUGACCAGUAGAAACACCCCAUGACCAGUAGAAACACCCCGUGACCAGUAGAAACACCCCAUGACCAGUAGAAACACCUGACAGUAAAACACCCCGUGACCAGUAGAAACAUGAAGUAAAACACCCCUGACCAGUAGAAACACCCUGACCAGUAGGAAAAACCCCGAUGACCAGUAGAAAACACCCGUGACCAGUAGAAAAACCCCCAUGACCAGUAGAAACACCCCAUGACCAGUAGAAAAACACCCCAUGACCAGUAGAAACACCCUGACCAGUAGAAACACCCCAUGACCAGUAGAAAAACACCCCAUGACCAGUAAAAGAAACCCCAGACCAGUGAAAACCAGUGACCAUAGAAACACCCCAUGACCAGUAGAAACACCACCCCAAUGACCAUUAAGAAACCACACCCAUGACCAGUAGAAGAACCCCGUGACCAGUAGAAAACUGCUAAAACACCAACGUGACAGUAGAAACACCCCGAUGACCGUAGAAACAACACCCAUGACCAGUAGCAACACCCACAGUGACCAGAAUAGAAACACCCCAUCGACCAUAGACAACACCAUUACCUCAGAAACACCACCAAUGCACCAGUACAAACACACACACAUGACACAUAGAAAUGCCACCCGUGACCAGUAGAAUCACCCAAUAGACAAACAGUAUACAAACCACCUGCAUACGCUCGAACGACAGUACCAUUAGAACACACCACUAAAACACCAUCACACAAUGUAACAACACACUCAUUCACACACCCAUCCACAACACGACAUGAAACACACACAUGUACACUUACACUGGACUAAUCAAAUCACACAUACACAGUUAAUGCAUCACUGAACCCACCAGGUACUAACACUGCAUAGCUACCGUACACCUGACAGAACAACAAUGCAACUGGACAGUAUCUGACACUCAACACACAAACAACUACACCACAACACCAUGAGAUUCACCAACUACACAAUCACACACACACAACACUCUCACAUGACACACAUACACACACACAACACUACACCACAACACACACACACACACACACACACACACACAUACCCACACACACAUACACACACACACACAUACAAUAUGUUCCGCACAUGAGUCAGCAGGCCUUGUGUGUUAACAUGUGGAGUCGUGAAUAAAAGCAUGCAACAUGUCUGAUUCGCAUUAACCCCCAAACCCCUGCCCUCAAUAACAUCCUCUGGUGAUUGCUAGGUAGUCAGACUAACCUUUUUAGGGAGAAGUGCUAGCACAGGCUUUGCUGAUAGAUGCUUUGUUGAGGAAUUGUUUUACUCACUAUGACUAUGCUAUGUGGUUGUCUCACCUAGCCCCCUUCAGAUGAAUGCACCAACUGUAAGUCGCUCUGGAUAAGAGCGUCUGCUAAAUGACUCACAUGUAAAUGUGAACUGGAACUGAAACUAAAUGUUUGCUAGUCUUUGAGCUCAUAGGUUUGUGGCAUUCAUGUGAGCUCCAAUUGAGCUACACACUUAAACUUAAACUUAGCAUUCUGCAUGGUCCAGACCAGGGGUCUACUGUAACCGUUUGAGCUUGAUGUUAUGGGAGAUGAGCUGUAGUUUCUGACCUCCUAGAAGCUGUAAUGUCAGCCAUCUGUGGCCAUUAUGGAGAUGAGCUGACUGUACUUCCUGCUUCUCUGGCCCAGGAACAGGAAGUCGUCCUUCACCAAGCCCCAGAAUCCCAGUGAGAUGGGUCAUGGCUGGAACCUGUACGUGGUCAACACCGUCCCCCCACUCCAGCUCUACAACGAGAUGGUACCGCACCAUGAUAACAUGUCAACAAAAACCUUAACGUUAUGACACCUUACCUAAUUUUACCAUAAUGUUUUAUUUGGCCUGUGUUGGUUGUGCUGAACCUUGCAUUCAACAAUCAUUUAUAGUGUUUAACCAUGCAUUCAACAAUCAUUUAUAGUGUUUAACCAUGCAUUCAACAAUCAUUUAUAGUGUUUAACCAUGCAUUCAACAAUCAUUUAUACUGUUUAACCAUGCAUUCAACAAUCAUUUAUACUGUUUAACCAUGCAUUCAACAAUCAUUUAUAGUGUUUAACCUUGCAUUCAACAAUCAUUUAUACUGUUUAACCAUGCAUUCAACAAUCAUUUAUACUGUUUAACCAUGCAUUCAACAAUCAUUUAUAGUGUUUAACCUUGCAUUCAGCAAUGAACCUUUUCUCUGGGCUAGGUGGAGUACAGUAAGAAGUAUGAGGAGACCAACCCUCUGUCUCAGAGCUGUCUGCACCUGCUCAGUGAAGCCCACCUCCUCCUGAGAGCCACGCUCCUGGACCCCCGGGUGGGAAACCCUGUAGAGGGGCCUCUGACCACUGGUCAGAACCUUGCCCAGGCCAUGAGAUCUACAACAACAGGGACCACAGACCGAGAGGAGCUGCAGCAAGCCUUCCUGGAGAGCUGCGCCCAGUUAGGAGACUGCUUCAGCAGGUCAGUGGGGUCGGGGGUCACAUUAACAUCAAGGUUGAUUGAUCUAUAUGUUAAGUUGAUUGAUAUGUUAGUUGGUUUACUUUAAUAUAAAGUGCGACCAUCCCUUCCACUGAUGUGUAGGUUUGAUAAGCGUGACUGCCACCUGGCCCUGCCCUACUAUAAGAUGUCAGGCCUGUCUGUGACCGAGGUGAUCUUCAGGAACAGGGGUCUGUCUAACAGCCUCUGUGGCUACGGGAAAGGCUUCCUCUUCUUCCUCAAACACUCCCUCUGUGAGGAGACCCUGGAGCAGCUCACUGAGGUGACUUACACCAGGCCUCGGAGACCAACAGCCAUUCCACAUACUUGUUCAAUUCCAACACUAGCACAUCUGAUUCAAUAGCCACACUGUAGAUAUUCCGUGGUGUCUGUGUGUGUGUGUGUGUGUGUGUGUGUGUGUGUGUGUUGUAGGAGACAGCCAACGAGGUGCUGGAUAUCUUCGGUGCGGCCGAGCCGUCCCAGCUCCCCCAUGUCAUAGCCAGCCCCUCCAUGGUUAGAGCUAGCCCUGACUGUGGCCUGGCCCACCUAGAGCGCCUGGAGGCCAUCGGAGCCCCCUCCGUACCCCUCACCCUGUCCAAGGCUGCCCUGGCCCUCCGCAUGGGAGACCUGCAGCUCUACAGGCAACACAUGGACCGACACACAGAGGUCUGAUCAUGUUUGUGUGUCGUGGUGGGGGAAGGAGCGCGUGUGUGUGUGUGUGUGUGUGUGUGUGUGUGUGUGUGUGUGUGUGUGUGUGUGUGUGUGUGUGUGUGUGUGUGUGUGUGUGUGUGUGUGUGUGUGUGUGAACAGUGUAUCUGCUCUAUGCCCACCUCCAGAUGCUGCAGGUGUAUGGGUUCAUUGAGGAAGCCAAGCUGUUGCUGCAUGGCAGAGGGGACGGGGUGGUGCCCACUCUCCUGGCGCGCCACCUCAGGGACAGCCAGGACGGCCUGCUGGUGGCAGCCAUGGUGGCGCUGCACGAGAACGACAAGGUCAAACUGGACGAGGCUAACCUCUUCUUCCAGGUUAGGGGUUACAGUGUGUGUGUCAUUCCUAUAGAAUUUCCUCCAGGAUUCGAUUCCAAAAUGUGACAAUAUGUAAUGCGUUUCAUUGUGAAUGUAUUGAAGUGUGUGUGUGUGUGUGUGUGUGUGUGUUCUGUAGGAGCUGUGUUGGGACGUGUCGGGGCCCCAGGGAGGCCCUCAGCUGCUGGUUGACUUCUGGGAGGCCCUGCUGAUGGCCUCGUCACAGGAAGCUGUCAUCCAGGAGCUGCUGUUCCGCCUCACCACUGUCUACAUCGACCGCAUCACACGCCGAGACGGCCACGGAUUCAAACCGCUCAAAAGCGCAGACGACCUGGUGUGUUUGUGUGUCUGUAGUGUGUUCUUCUCAGUAAGGUGUGAUGUUCCCUAGGGAUGGAGCCUAGGAGGUAGUGGAGAGGUUGUCCUGCUGUCUGUCUGUCUGUCUGUCUGUCUGUCUGUCUGUAGAUCAACUGGUGUUCUCACUACGGCGUGUUGUAUCCCUGGGUGACUGUUUCUGUGUUGUAGAUCAACUGGUGUUCUCACUACGGCGUGUUGUAUCCCUGGGUCAGCAUCCUAACUCCAGCUCACUUCAACAUCAUUCCAGAUGACCAAGAGGACCUCCACAAACUACAGGUCAGUCUCUCUACAUCAUGCGCGUGCUAUUUAUCAAUCAGACAUGGAAUCAAUCAAUCAACCAACCAAUCAACUUGUAAAAUAAAGCUUUUUUUUAACCCUUACAUGUAAAUGUACCACUAUGGUGAACAAACAAUGACCCAUCCAGUCCCUGCUGUGCGGCCCCACCCUGGACGUGUCGUCCAUCCUGCCCCUGUUGGAGCAGCUGCCAGACGGGGACAACGCGGGGCUCAGUGUGCACGUGCUCUGUGCCACCAAGCUGGGCCGCCACGAGAGCUCCAUGGAGAGGCUGCUGGACCGCUGUCCUCAGGCCAUCAUCCCUUACGCUAACCACGAGCUGCAGAACAACAAAAUGGUGGGUACUCUGUAACUGUCAUCCUUCUGUGAAACAUGCCCCGGACUCCUCUAACCCGACUGUUGAACUCACACCGUGCGCGUACUUGCACAACCUUAAAUCCUCAUAACAUCUAGCCUCCAUCCUACGCUCUGAAUACUAAGGGCUGGAUUCAAUCCGUAGCGCGGAAGGUAUGCGUAAUAGCGCCAUUUUAAAGGUCAUUUCAGAUUGAGACAACAUACGCAGCGUUUACAGUGAAUGCAGUCUCCGCGAAAACACGGGAACAUUGCCUUUUUUAUUUCAAUGGUUCUAUAGUGUAGCUCUUUCUAAUGGAUUCAUGUGUUUUUCGUUCAGGCUCUGUGGUGGCAGAAGCUGUUCCCUGAGCUGUGUGAGAGAACCAGAGCAACACGGGGCGAGAACGCCAUCCUACUGUCUGCACUCAAAGGUACACUCACGGUCCAAACUACACUGUCACCGUCGCGUCUCCGUAACGUGAACUGCAGUUUAACAACUCACUGUGAUCUAUGAGACAUGCUAUACCGGACGCGAAAGCAGUUUGUCGUCUGCGAAGCGAGGCUCGCUUGAAUCAGUGUAGUUUUACGCUUCCAGUCUAUUUUCCUCGCCAGCGUUGCAUAGCUGUAGCUACACAGAAAAUAAGCACAUAAUAUCACAUAUAAAUUCACAAAUAAUCUCAAUAAUCAUAAAACUAAGUAGGAAAAUAGCAAAAAUCACCCUGCACACAUUGAAAGGUUUGGUAUUGCAUUUUAGGCUUCUGUAAAAAAAAAAAAAAAUCUAAACGCUGAUAUAACUACUUCAAAUCAUUUUAAUUACAACAAACAUGCAAAUAUCCUCCCAUUACGAGAUGUGUGGCCGAAAUGUAGGCGGGGCAUUUCCAUUCUAUCAGCAUAUCACAAGAAGCAGAUUUUGGACGCUCUCGUGAUGAGGGAGAUGACGGGACGCUCUCGUGAUGAGGGAGAUGACGGGACGCUCUCGUGAUGAGGGAGAUGACGGGACGCUCUCGUGAUGAGGGAGAUGACGGGACGCUCUCGUGAUGAGGGAGAUGACGGGACGCUCUCGUGAUGAGGGAGAUGACGGGACGCUCUCGUGAUGAGGGAGAUGACGGGACGCUCUCGUGAUGAGGGAGUUGACGGGGAGCUCUCGUGAUGAGGGAGAUGACGGGGCGCUCUCGUGAUGAGGGAGAUGACGGGCGCUCUCGUGAUGAGGGAGAUGACGGGACGUUCUCGUGAUGAGGGAGAUGACGGGACGCUCUCGUGAUGAGGGUGAUGACGGGACGCUCUCGUGAUGAGGGAGAUGACGGGACGCUCUCGUGAUGAGGGAGAUGACGGGGCGCUCUCGUGAUGAGGGAGAUGACGGGACGCUCUCGUGAUGAGGGAGAUGACGGGACGCUCUCGUGAUGAGGGAGAUGACGGGACGCUCUCGUGAUGAGGGAGAUGACGGGACGCUCUCGUGAUGAGGGAGAUGACGGGACGCUCUCGUGAUGAGGGAGAUGACGGGACGCUCUCGUGAUGAGGGAGAUGACGGGACGCUCUCGUGAUGAGGGAGAUGACGGGACGCUCUCGUGAUGAGGGAGAUGACGGGGCGCUCUCGUGAUGAGGGAGAUGACGGGGCGCUCUCGUGAUGAGGGAGAUGACGGGGCGCUCUCGUGAUGAGGGAGAUGACGGGGCGCUCUCGUGAUGAGGGAGAUGACGGGGCGCUCUCGUGAUGAGGGAGAUGACGGGGCGCUCUCGUGAUGAGGGAGGUGACGGGACGCUCUCGUGAUGAGGGAGUUGACGGGACGCUCUCGUCACGGUGUCAGUAUAGUUUCACCGUUAGACUCUAGCCUGUGUUUCAAGCAUAAGGUUUAACUCCAGAAUGUCACCUCCUUUGCUGUGGUUAAAGGGGCAAUUUGCAGUUCAAACAAUAACAAAGCAUACCCCACCACUGUUUUGGGUAACAUGCUUAGGGAUGGGGCUGGAUAAGUAUAACCAGUCUCAAAUGAUUAGAGUUAUGGAUGCAAGGACUGACCAUCCAUGAUAUCAACAUUUUAUAGUUUUAAAUAUGUUUUGAGGCUAUACAGAGUUUGUUAACAAUGACAUUGUUUACAAACAUUGGAGUAAAACAAGCUUAUAUUUGGGGUUCUGAUUGGUUACAACAGUUGAACUAAGAUCAUGUGGUUUAUAGAUGUAAUACACUGAACCAAAAUAUAAACAACAUGUAAAGUGUUGGUUUCAUGAGCUGAAAUAAAAGAUCCCAGAAAUGUUCCAUAAGCACAAAAAAGCUUAUUUCUCUCAAAUGUUGUGCACAAAUUUGUUUACAUCCCUGUUAGUGAGAAUUUCUCAUUUGCCAAGAUAAUCCAUUACCUGACAGGUGUGGCAUAUCAAGAAGCUGAUUAAACAGCAUGAUCAUUACACAGGUGCACCUUGUGCUGGGGACAAUAAAAGGCCACUCUAAAAUGUGCAGUUUUAUCACACAACACAAUACCACAAUUGGCUUGCUGACUGCAGGAAUGUCCACCAGAGCUUUUGCCAGAGAAUGUAAUGUUAAUUUCUCUACCAUAAGCCGCCUCCAACAUCGUUUUAGAGAAUUUGGCAGUACGUCCAACUGGCCUCACAACCGCAGACCACGCGUAACCACCCCAGCCCAGGACCUCCACAUCUGGCUUCUUCACCUAUAGGAUCGUUAAAGACCAGCCACCCCAGACAGCUGAUGAAACUGAGGAGUAUUUCUGUCUGUAAUAAAUCCCUUUUGUGGGGAGAAACUAAUUCUGAUUGACUGGGCCUGGCUCCCAGGCAUAUGCCCUCCCAGGCUCAGCCAUGGCUCCGCCCCUGCCCAGUCAUGUGAAAUCCAUAGAUUAGGGCCUAAUGAAUUUAUUUCAAUUGACUGAUUUCCUUAUAUGAACUGUAACUCCGUAAAAUCGUUGAAAUUGUUGCAUGUUGGGUUUAUUUUUGUUCAGUAUAGAUUCUUCAAGAAUCAUUGGAUUAAUAUAAUUCAUUUAAAAGUAUAAAAAUGUAUGUAUAGUAUCAAUUGCAGAUUGCCCCUUCAAUAUUCAGAGAGUUUCGGCCAUAACAUCUGCAUUUUCCCUGACAACAGAAACGCUGGUGGUGGUUGCCAUGGAGCUGAACCCCCUGGAGUUCCUGGACCUAUUGCCUGACGACGGGACGGCCCACUUCUUCCUGCCUCACCUGCUGGAGUGCAGCCAGAGAAACGGGCCGUAG